GCGGGCUUAUCUCAGAUGUCAUGCCCGGCCGAUAUCGACCCUGCGUGCCGCUGCAGUUCCGAUCCGAGUCCCGCGCAGUCCUGCAUGAAUCGCCCAGACGCUCUUCCGGAGCGGCGAUGAGAUGGCCGGCUUCAGUUCCAUGCCGGCGCUGUCGUCCGGCGCCGCUCCAGGCCCGGACUCCAUGUCCAUAUCGGCUUCGGAGAUGGAGGCCUUCGACGCCUCGAUGGCCUUCGACGACUCCAUGCUGUCGGUACACCCGCCAUACCUCUUCGAUAACGACGGCCAUGCGAACCACACCUCCCCGGCCAGCGACCCCGUCAACGUGCCCCAGAUCCCCUUCACCCCGACUGCCUACGACUUUGAGAACUUCAGCACCACCUUCGAGGACCCCUUCUCCUACCCGGCUCGGCCCUUCGACGGCACCGGCCGGAGCCACUCGCGCGGGCCGCACGACGCCGCCGCCGCACCCACCGAUUCCCACCGCAGCCACCACGACCUCUACGGUCACAUGGGCAUAGGCGGCGCCUCGCCCCAAGACGAUGACGACGAAGGGCCCGACAACAAGCUGCUCAGCUUCGGGCCCCCCAUUCCCGGAAAGGCCACCCUCCUCACCGACACGGGCCAGUUCGUCGAGCCGGCCAUGACGGGCGAGCUGUACGGCAUGUUCUUCGUCGCCGAGGACGUCUUCGGCGCCGACAGCAACGCCACCGGCCGCCCGCUCGAGCUGACGUGCUACCGGCGCAACCUCUGGCAGAUCUCCGGCCAGAUCACGCUGCCGCGGCACGUGGCGCAGUACGUCGACGACCAGGGACGGCGCGGCCCCGUCGUCGAGCUGGCGGCCUCCAUCACGGCGGUCGAGAGCAUCGAGGGCCGCGCCGCCGAGAUGAUCACAAUCCCCUGGAGGGGGAGCAAUGCCCCGCUGGGUGCCGAGGAGUCCAAGGCAGUGAGCGCGCCGCCCGUGGUCCCGCUCGACUUUAGCGGCUCCGGCCAGGAGGUGGACGGCGGGAGCCGGGUCUCGGUCCCGGUAGCCUGGAAGAGGCUGCAGUUCAAGCACGCGACAGCGAACAACGGCCGGCGCAAGGGGCUACAACAGCACUACGUGGUGCAGAUUAACCUGCUGGUCAAGAGCAAGGCGGGGGAAUACAUCAAGGUAGCCGAGAUCCAGUCGGGCCCCGUGAUCGUGAGGGGAAGGAGCCCGAGGAACUUUGAUAGCCGAAAGGAGGUCCCGCUGGGGGACAAACGGCCGCUAGAGAGGAGGAACACCGAAGGUUCGGGCUCUGCCGCAGCGAAGCAGGAGAAGCAGGAGAGGCAGGAUGAUGGCACGCCGGUCAAGACGCAGCGGUAUAACCCGACGACGGGCGUACAGCAAUCACCGUCCGACCGGGCGACCCCCUACGGCAUGAACACGCCCAACCCGCAACAUCCGAAUAAGAAGUUGGCGGUGACCUCGCCCAACGUUAACCGCCCGCCCGUACCCUCUUGGGGCUCGCUAGAGCCCCCUUCCUCGGCAAACGCGAAGCAAAACAACGCCGGCAACGCGAAUCCGAACGCCGCCGCGGUCAGACAACGCAGCAACAGCACAACCGGGCCCCAGCCUCUCCCAUUAUCCCUCUCCCUAUCCGAGGACGAGCGCAGCCCGCCCAACCGUUCCAGCUCCAACGAUAGUUCACAGAGCCCUCGGCUCACCACUAAGGCCUCUACGCGGUCUUCCACCGGUGGUGGGGCGGGCCUGGCGUCCGCCGGGCAAGCCGGCAGCAGCAGCGGGGCGCACGACCAUCUUGGGGGUUCGCUUGACUCCGAUGACAUGUUAUACGAGUACUUUCCCCUCAGCCUGGACGACUGGAUGCCACCCGUCGACGCCAUCUACCGUCCGCACGUCGUCCACCACACAAUCGUCCCGCCAGAAGUCAAGGCGCAGCAGGUGCGGAGCAAAGCAAAGCGGUACUUUGCCGCCGAGUGAAAAUCCAAGCAAAACGAGUCAGGGUCAGGGUUUGGUUUCGGAUUUGGCCCUUGGUUAUCAGGUGACUUUACUUUUGUAUGAUAUGAAUGAAUUUGACGAAGGGGACGGAUGGAAUGGGCAAAGACAUAUAAGGAUGUAACUGCUCUCUAUUUUGGCUCCUUUAUUGCAUCCUGGAUGGCAUUGGCGUCUCUCACUGGGGAGUUUUCUGGGAACCUUAUGUGUUUGUAUGUCGGUGGUUUGGUUGGAUUUGUCGCUUGAAUGUUGGGUCUUCAGGGGCUGAAGCUAGUUAGGUCAUGAGGUAAGAGGGUUGUGUUAUUUACCGGGCAGAUUGGUUACUGAAGACGGCAUCAUCAUCCAUC